CAGCAGCAGGGCAGUGUGUGGUGGUCUGGAGUGGUUGAUAGAGUGUGUGGUUGAGAGAAAGUGUUUGAGAGAGUAGUGUAUGGUGGUGGUGGGAAGGUGAGAAGCUCUGGGAGCAGCAUGGCUGCUGUGUUUUAUACUCUGUUGGUGGGUCUGGCUCUGCUGCCUCUCCUCCUCUACUCCAGGUUCCCCUACCUCCUCCAGGACCUCCGCUACCUGCUGAAGGGGAUCCGGAUCAUGACUCGGUUGAGGAGGUUUAAGAGCUCGGUUCCCUGCUUCACUGUUCUGGACUGUUUUCUGGAGAAUGUGAGGAAAAACCCGCAGAAGAACUUCAUCGUGUUCGAGGAUCAGAGCUUCUCGUACGCGGAGGCGGAGCGGCUGAGUAACCGGGUGGCGCGGGCGGUGCGGGGGCGCUGCGGGGUGCGGGAGGGGGACACGGUGGCGCUGUUCAUGGGGAACGAGCCGCUCUUCGUCUGGACCUGGCUCGCUCUCUCCAAGCUGGGCUGCACGGUGUCCCUCCUCAACACCAACAUCAGGUCCAAGUCCCUGCUGCACUGCUUCUCCUGCUGCAGGGCCAAAGUCCUCAUCGCUGGAGCAGAUUUACGUGAUGCUGUGGAGGAUGUGUUGCCUGUGCUGAAGGAGCAGGAGGUGUGUGUGCUGCUUAUGGCGGAUCACUGUGAUACAGAUGGAAUUGUAUCGUUUAAUGAGGAAAUUAAGAACGCAAGUGAUGAACCAUUACCCAUCUCUCUGCGCUCCAAAGUCACGAUAAGGAGCCCUGCACUCUACAUCUAUACUUCAGGCACUACAGGUCUCCCAAAGGCGGCUGUAAUUAGUCACGAGAGAGUGUGGUUGGCAUCCUUUCUCCAGAAAAUGGCUGGAGUUUCUUCUGAUGACAUUAUCUAUAUCUAUCUGCCUCUGUACCACAGCGCUGGAUUCCUCAUGGGUCUCACUGGUGCAAUAGAGCGAGGUAUCACAGUGGUGUUGAGGAGGAAGUUCUCAGCCUCUCAGUUCUGGAAGGACUGCAGGAAGUACGACGUGACCGUGAUCCAGUACAUCGGAGAAAUCAUGCGCUACCUCUGUAACACACCUAAGGCGGACAGCGAUCGAGUCCACAACGUGCGGCUGGCGUUUGGGAACGGUAUCCGUGCCGAUACGUGGGAGGAGUUUCUGCAGAGGUUUGGAGACGUGCGUAUCUGCGAGUGUUACGGAGCCACAGAAGGAAACAUCGGCUUCGUCAACUACGUCGGCAAAAUCGGCGCCAUGGGACGAGUGAACUUGUUAAUGAAGAAAGCCUCACCCUUUGCUCUGAUUAAGUAUGACACUGAGAAAGAGGAGCCAACUCGAGAUUCCCGGGGGUUCUGUGUGGAGGUGUCUACAGGAGAGACAGGUCUGCUAGUGUCUAAGAUCACUAAAGUGGCUCCGUUUACCGGCUAUGCUAAUAACCAGCAGCAGACAGACAAAAAGAAGCUGAGGAACGUGUUUGUGGACGGAGAUGUUUACUUCAACAGUGGAGAUCUGUUAAAGAUCGACCACGAGGGCUUUGUAUACUUUCAGGACCGCAUCGGGGACACGUUCAGGUGGAAGGGAGAGAAUGUUGCCACCACUGAAGUUGCGGAUGUUUUAAUUAUGCUGGACUUCAUUGAGGAGGCUAAUGUAUACGGAGUCAAGGUACCAGGUCAUGAGGGCAGAAUUGGAAUGACUGCUGUUAAGGUGAUGGAGGGGAGGAAUUUUAGUGGCUCUGCCAUGUUUGAACAUGUGGAGAGUCUCCUACCUGCGUACGCUCGGCCUCGCUUCAUCAGGAUACAGGGGGCGAUUGACCUCACCGGCACUUUUAAGCAGAUGAAGGUCAAACUGUCCGAGGAGGGAUUCAACCCAACAAUCAUCCGAGACCCACUGUACUUCCUAGAUGACAAGAAGAAAACCUACGUCCCCAUGACUGAGGAAAUCUUUAACUCCAUCAGUGAUGGACGACUGAGAUUAUGAACCCACAACACAUGUACACUGCCUGGCCAGAAAAAAAGCAUUGUUUCAAUAAGCUUUUGCAACGUCACAAGAAUUAUUUCAAUCCAGUGUUGCUGGAUUAAUUUUUCACCAAUGCAGCAGCAUUGAUGAUGGUAGAGUCUGACCACUGCACAAAGCAGCUCUUCUCCAUCCAGCACAUCCCAAAGAUUCUCAAUGAGGUUAAGAUCUGGACUCUGUGGUGAACUCUCUCUCAAUCCAUGUAUGAAAAUGAUAAAUGAUGAUCUCAUACUUCCUGAAUCACUCUUUCACAAUUCCAGCCCCAUGAAUCCUGAAACUGUCUUGUCUUGGAAUAUGGUUGUGUUCAUCAGGAAAAGUAAAUCCAUUAAUGGAAUAACCUGGUCUACAUUCAGUAUAUUCAGGUAGUCAGCUGACCUCAUUCUUUCAGCACAUACUGUUGCUGAAUCUAAACCUGCAGACCAACUGCAGCAUCAACCCCACAUCAUUUACUUAAAUCCAGGUUUUACUUCUCUUCUUUUAUUUUUUGCCAGGCAGUGCAGACGCUUACAGACACUUCCAGUCACUCACUCACACAAUUCAACUACCAAUCAAGUGCCUUAAACUGGAGAAAGAUUUAUUUUUUAAUCAUAGAGACGUAAUUACAUACAGAAUUAGUGCUGGGCUGAGAUUAUUUAUUUACAGCAGACUGUGAAUAAUGAAUAAAGACACAUCUGUAUAAUACAGAAACCAUAUGAAUGUUAUUUUUAUAUUAUUUGUAUAGUAGUAAUUUAUGUAAUUAUGAAAGGUGCUUGUUAUUGUGCCUUUAAAGCUGCUGUCAGAAAUUAAAGAACUAAUAGUAAAUCAUAAAACCUGAUAUAAAUA